UUCAUCUUUUCCUCCUCUACAGAAAUGCCAGCACCAGCCAAGGUCGUCAAAGCAGGGAACCCAAGACCAAAGAAAGGAGCCAAGGUCAGCGAUUUUGGUGACACCACAAACUGGCCCACGCCUGGUGAAAUUGUCAAUAACAAGACAUGGGAGCCAGUUAUUUCCUCUGAGCAUCCACAGAACAGUAAACUACAACAGAAUAAAAAACCUCCUGCUAGAAAGGAACGGCCAGAGAAAUGCGAUAGCAGUGAGAGCAAAGAGAACCAGAAAUCUAAAUCUGACGAAUCACCAGAGGAACGGAGUGCCGAUGAGGAUUCACAAAAAUCUACACAGAAGAGAAAAGGAUACAAGCAAAAGUGGGUUCCACUACAGUUGGACGUAAAAUCAGAGGGUACGCAGGACAAGCCAGUAUCCCGCAGCAACUCUCGCCCUCAGACGGAGCCCUUGCGGCCACCUGUCAACAACAGGAACGACUCAAAAGGCUAUCAUCGUGAUGAGAAGCACGACUCGCGAGAUUGGAGGGAAGACCGUGAUGAGAUUUCCAGCGUGAAAAGCGAGGGUGGAACGAUCCGCGGAGGCUUCAGGGGAAGAGGUCGUGGACGUGGCCGAGGGAGGGGUCGUGGCAGAGGUGCUUCUCGCUCUCACUUCGACUACCAUUACACCUACACCGCAAACACCGACAGUAAUGAUGGAUUGUACAGGCCAAAAUUUGGCAGUGAUAUCAUCUAUUACUAUGACAAUCAGAGCAGUGCGGAGCUGUAUGCAAUGGAUAAAAAGCUGCUCAAAGAUUACAUCAAGAAACAGAUUGAAUACUACUUUAGCCUGGAUAACUUGGAAAGAGACUUUUUCUUGAGAAGAAAGAUGGAUGCUGACGGUUUCUUACCAGUCUCAUUAAUUGGAGGUUUUCACCGAGUUCAAGCGUUGACCACCGAUGUCAAUCUCAUUUUGGAGGCUUUGAAAGACAGUACUGAGGUGGAAGUGGUGGACAAGAAGAUCCGAAAAAAAGAAAACCCUGAGAAAUGGCCACUCCCAGAAACAGACUUCACACGUUUACUUAACUGUCCAGAAUUCAUUCCUGGGCAGACGUACAAAAAGCAGACUGAAUCUGCUCCAGGUUCACCCCGGGCAGGCAGUGCUGCAAGUUCCAAGACCGAGGAACCCAGUAAUUUGAAGACUUUGCCAAAAGGACUUUCCACCAGCCUUCCAGACCUGGAUUCUGACACGUGGAUCGAAGUGAAAAAAAGACAUCGGCCAGCUCCUGCAAAACCAAAGAAAUCUGAGGAACCUAAAACCCAAACAUCUUUGAAGCCAGACCAAGAGGAACAAGAGGAGCUAGACUUCAUGUUCGAUGAGGAGAUGGAGCAGAUGGUUGGACGCAAGAAUACGUUCACUGAUUGGUCAGAUGAAGAUUCUGACUGUGAAAUUGACGAUCGUGAUGUGAACAAGAUUCUGAUUGUGGCACAGACACCUCCGUACUUAAGGAAACAUCCUGGUGGGGACAGGACAGGGAAUCACGUCUCCAGGGCAAAAUUGACAUCUGAGUUUGGUAAGGUCAUUAAUGACGGCCUUUACUACUACGAGCAGGACCUUUGGAAAGAGGAUUAUGAACCAGAAUAUGCAACUAUAAAGCAAGAAGUAGAAAAUUUCAAGAAGCUAAAUAUGAUCAGCAGAGAGGAGUUUGACACACUGACCCCUGAACCUCCUGUUGAUCCAAACCAAGAAGUCCCACCUGGACCACCAAGGCCACAGCAAGUACCUACAGAUGCAUUGGCCAAUAAACUUUUUGGUGCAGCUGAGCCACCGGUGUCUUGCAUGGCACGAUCUUUGCCAACAACUGUUCCAGAAUCACCAAACUACCGGGGUGCACGGACCCCUCGUACCCCCCGCACACCCAGGUUAAAGGAUCCAACUCAAACGCCCAGAUUUUACCCUGUUGUCAAAGAAGGGAGGCCUCUGGAUGCAAAGACUCCUCGGAAGCGAAAAACGAGACACAGUUCAAACCCUCCACUCGAGAGCCACGUGGGUUGGGUGAUGGAUUCAAGAGAGCACCGACCAAGGACAUCAUCUUUCAGCUCCAAUGCCAGCCCAUCAGAGGGAAUCCCGAUUGCUGGAAGUUACGGUUGUACUCCCCAGUCUCUUCCCAAGUUCCAACAUCCCUCGCACGAACUACUGAAGGAAAAUGGAUUCACACAGCAUGUUUAUCACAAGUUCCACAGGAGAUGUCUGAAUGAGCGCAAGAGGUUGGGAAUAGGACAAUCUCAGGAAAUGAACACGCUCUUCCGAUUCUGGUCAUUUUUCCUAAGAGAUCACUUCAACAAAAAGAUGUAUGAAGAGUUCAGACAGUUGGCUGUUGAAGACGGGGAAGAAGGAUAUAGAUACGGACUGGAGUGCCUUUUCAGAUAUUAUAGCUAUGGCCUUGAAAGAAAAUUUAGACCGGAGAUCUUCAAGGAUUUCCAGGAAGAAACCAUUGUGGAUUAUGAAGCUGGGCAGCUGUAUGGAUUAGAGAAAUUCUGGGCUUAUCUAAAGUAUUCAAAAGCUAAGAAUCUGGACAUUGAUCCAAAACUUCAAGAAUACCUCAGCAAAUUUAAACGUCUGGAAGAUUUUCGGGUGGAUCCUCCAAUUUGCGAUGAAGUUGGCCGCAAGCGUCAUUCUUCAGGAGCAGAAGAGAAAAGGCGUUUGCCAUCAAUGUCUUCCAAUAAAACCACAAGCGCCGUCAGUGAAGCCGCGACUGGGACGCAGCUCCCCUCCAAAAAUACGACAGAAGAAACCAACCCCACUCUGAGCCAGAACCCUGCUUCAGCGGAGUUCUUGGAAGUGGAAACUGCAGACAAAUAGAGCUUGGACUCUGCCCCUCAACUCUGGAUCUUUUAUUUGAACUUUUGGUAUUGUCACCUCGAUGACUGACUGAAAAACUGGGCCAGAUAUCAGACAUUCUACAAUGCUGGGCAGUGGAAAAAUGCAUCACCUGCCUGAAGACUUAUAUUCGAAGCCAGUUUCACGUCUUUCACCCAUAUGAAUGAAUGUUGCAUGAGAACAAUUGGCUAAAAUAUAAUUCACCUGCUUGAUUUGGGGUCGACAAUACAGCUUCACUCAGAUAUCCAGAAAACAAAAAAAAACAAAAAAAAAUCAAAACCCGUCCCUUGAGAACGGGAUUAAAAAGAUGCCUUAUUACAGCCUGCUCCUGUUUCUGGGCAGCAUAUAUUAAAUUCUGCUCGCUCGGCUAAUGACUCUCCUAUUGGCCUCUAAUCUUGAUAAAAUUAUCAGUUCCUUAUCCUGGAUUUUGAAUUGUCAAGGUUUUGUUUGUACCCGAUUUAAAAGUUACCGCAGGCGGGAUCAAUGAUUUAAGACGCAAAUCCUUUUGAGUGGCAGAUAAUCUUUCUGUCAGGCCUUAUUCCGCUUGUUCAUGGUAAAGGACUUCAGUCUGAUAACCAGAUAUAAAGACAUUAGCAAGUAGCCAUGGCAACGGCUCAUUGGCCCCAUGUCAAACUCUCAGUCAAAGUCACUGCUGCAGUGCCUUUGGCCACAAGCGUUUUAUUGCUCCUGUCCAGUUGUCUUUUCGCUUCUCCCAAACCCAAACUGGCACCACUUUGAAAAAUGCUACAGCCCAGCUUCAUCUUAGUUGAUGAGCUGCCUGCUUGGAGUAACAGCAGUAACAUUGGUGAAAUUUAUAUCGGGCAACAUCAUUCUCAGAAUGUGUGUUAUGUAGGGAUGUCGCAAUGUAAUUUUAUUUUCAAUGUACCGGUGCAGUGGUAAUCUUAGCUCACAUCAUUCUAGCUGUUGUUCUGGAAAUGCGACCAUCACUAGGAGUACAAGGCUUAGCAUUUUCUUUUUGUUAAUCAUUGUCACAUUUAUUGUGGUCUGGUUAGCAGUGUACAGAAAAACUGAGCCCUGUGAUUAUUGCAGACUUGCUACAUCAGAGUAUAUUGGAACAUGCUGUUGUGAUAUUUGUAAUAUCGUUAUGUUGUGAUUGGUAUGCAUGUUUCUCAUGGAUGGGCUGAAUUGCAUUCUUGGACUCUGGAGGCGCUGGUAUUUGGAGCAGCCUGAUGGCUUCGCUUUCCUAACUACAGCUGAGCUCCGAGCUCAGAUUCUGGUCUAGCUUUUCCUCAAGGGGACCUGUUGACAAGAGUUUGAACCACCUUUUUGGAUGGUGCUCUUAGUGAAAGUAAAUUCACUUGUUCUGCUCUCUGAUGCUUGCAUUUUGAGUGAUUUUUAUUAUUCAUUCUCAUUUGGUCUCCACCUUCUCACGUAUGCUUGUUCUAUCUUCUAUCUCUUCCUCUCUAUCAUACUCGCUCUGUCAGCUGCCUUUAUCUUCCCAGGACUAGGGUGCCAUCCCAGUUGGUGACACUGAUGUUUGGUAGAAUGUCCUGGGCUGCUUAAGAGGUGGAGAGGACUUGAUUUGCCAGUGCUUGAGGAAAGGCUCCCAUAUUGUCAUGUAACAGGUUUGGGUUGAAUGUUUUGGCUGGUCCCAUCUGCCACUGUAAAAUCAGGUAGAUGUCAUUGUGGAUUGAGUGUUGGGUGAUGUUUCUGCCUUCCUUGCUUCUGUGCUGAACUAGCUCCUGAACGCGAAGCUCCUUAAUCCAUGUUGAUGGAUGUUUUAUCUUGAGGCUAUCAUUUGCCAUUGAUAAUUCUUCAUGAAGAUGAGUCAGUUAGACAGCAGCCACUUGUAGGAAAUAAAAUCCUGACUAAAGCAGGUCAGUUAAAGAAGUUUUGAGUAAUGUACGUGUACUGGGGAGUGACCUUGCUUCUCGGUGUAAUUUUGAAAACAUGUAUUGUUUACACCAUACUCUUUGAAGGAGUCCCAGUGACUCCCUGGAGUUCCUGUAAUACAGGACUAUGAUCACUUGUAAAUCAGUUGGGUUUGACCAAUUUUACCAGAAUUUUCAUGCAAAUCAGACUGACGUACUUGUAACUAAAAGACUGCAUUGUUGGCAGUAAUUCAGGGUUGAGGCAUCCUGAAUCCUCAGCCAGCUCAGUUAGGAGAAUGUGAAGCUGCUUUUAUUUAAAUGAGAAAUACUUAACGAAAAAUGCCUCCACUAGACAGGAACCUAGAUCUUGAACAUGUUUUUAUUUCAGGUAACUUAGAAUAUUUGCGAAGCUUCUCUUUGUUCAUUUUACACUCUCUCUUGCAUUUAGAACUCCAGUGUCUGAUUCAUGGAGCAAUUUGUAUAUAAUGUGAGACCAUGAAAAAAUUAUAGCUGAAUGUCAUUUUUUUCCUGAAGUGAGAAAACUAGCCAUAUUUGCCAAAGAAAUUCUGGGUUUCACAGAUGCUGGGCAUAAGUUAGUUGCACAUAUUAUUAAAAAAAGGUGCUGUGGAUUUAUUCUGCAUUUCUCUGGGUAAAAGGUACAUCUUCCACUAACUGCUGAUUAAAAGACAUUUUGACAUCUUUCCACUUCCUUUUUUUAAUGUUUGAACCACUUGCCCCUUUGCCCCUAUAUUGUAUACUUGGACCUUCAGUUGACCCCAGGUCCCAGCAUUGUUUACCUGAACACCUAUCCAUUCUCACUUUCUCUCUCCAUACCCCCUCUCCAUAUCCCCUCUCCACUGCAUUCUUUCCUUGAACACCUAUCCAUUCUGCUUUCUACUUAGUCUGCUACUGUUGGACAUUGCAGCCAGCUGACAGAUGAUAUAUCACAGCUUAAACCGUCAGCAUAUAAGUAUAAUUAGUAGACCAGCUGCACACACAACUUGCUGUGAAGGCAUGGCUUAUAACUGUUCCGCUACAGGCAUGGAAAUUAAACUAUCUCUUCACGUGACCUCCCUCACAAGCAGUGAUGUUCAGUGAAAAGCUUGACAGCUCUAAAAUAGAGCUUGAUGUUACAGCUGGACUUCCUUCCACCCUGGUUUACUUGAGUGCAGUUGUUUCCAAUUGUUUGAGCCAUCCUUGGAUUUUAUAGCAAAAGGUAUAACCUGAUGGUUAUCAGUUUGGCUCAACAAAGACACCAAGACACAUGUAUUGUGAAAUAGCGAUUCAAGUACAAAGUGCAGCACUAUUUGAACUGCUGCAACUCUUUCUUCCAGUUGCUUGUUGCUGUAUGAAGGUUAGAUCUUUAAUUUGUAUUCUAAAUGACGAACCUAACUUCAUUGUUGUGGAAUAUCUCAUUUUAACACUUGUAUCUAUGUGCUCUUGGGAGUGAGUUUAACACUUGGUGUAACUACGUACUUCCAAGAACUGACUUAACAUUCAGUGAAAUCACAUGUUCCCAGCGCCUUGUUUAACACUCAUUACUUCCUGGAGUCACAAUAUCCAUAUGUUCAUUUUAUUUUAAUUUUUUGCAGGUUUUCCCUUCAGAUGUUUAAGUUUCUGUCUAUUGGCUGGAUGGUCCAUUGAAACAUUGUCAGUAUUUGGGAGACCCCGGAUGUUUCUAUGAUUUCUAAAUAAUUUCUAUUCUAAACUUGCAAGCCAUACACAAGAUUUCAGUUUUGCACUAGAAUUCAGUGUUUAGAAAGACUCUGAACUGAAGAUUGGAAUCGACUGAGCUGAAAUAUUUUAUGUAUGUCAAUUGUCCAGAUAGACACACUCAGCCCACUCCCAGUAUUCGUCAUGUCAAACACCUUGGCUGAGAAUACAAAAGUGUCUCUUUUUUUCAAAUGACUGAGAUACAAAGGGUCUGGAGAAUGUGCAGUGAAGUGCCCAAGGUAAGGGCAACCCGCUGGACAGGGAAAGGUUUGAACCUCCAUUUGAUCACAAGUACCUUGUCUGUUAUAUCUCUGGAACAGUUCCAAUUUCAACUUGCUUCUAGCUUUCUUGAAACUCAGCAAGAGUUGUGAAGCUAUUGGGUAAACUGUGAUGACUCUAUCUCUUCAAAUGUGCUGUUUAGUUCAUUUAGUCGAAUACAGACCUCAUCUCUCCAGAAUAAUGGCCAUUGUGUGAAAUUACUGCGGCAUAUGCCAUCUACAGUGAUACAUACGGUCUUGUCCCUGUUUGCAGCCUGGACCUGCUCCAAAAUUGCUCUACCUUGAACCAGCAGUAGUAGAUAUCAGUUCACCAAGGUCGUUUAUGAAUCCCUCAGAGUGAAGCUUCCAAUUUGCUCUGAGAUCUCAAACCCAGAGUGAGAAGGGAGGAAGGAAAGGUCAUGAGUUAGACUAGAAUAUUUUCCUGCAUUGAACAGCAUUGAUUUAUUUGGGAGGGGUGGUUGCCUGAAUCUGGUGAGGAUUUGGAUUAGGUACCUUGUUGAACUCCAUGCAUUUGUCAAUGUUACUGUUUACGUAAAGAUCGGGGAUUGAUUUUGGUAAACCUCAUGACUCUUAACUCUGUGUAAAUAAUGCACGAGCUGCUAUAGUGCUUUGAGUGCACCUUUUAAAAACAGCUUCGUGAAUUCUGGGCUUCUUGAUAUCAGUUUUAUUUUGUGUCAGGAACUGAAUAAGGGGUAAAUAGGUGCAUUUCUUAAAACAUUUAAUUCAACUUCCAAUAUUCUCAUUAUUGAGCUGUAAAUGUGCUAGAUUUGGCGAGACAGUUUCUUGUUCUGUGUGGUCGGGCUUGCCUUAGUUUCCUUUCUUCCUUAGACAUUUCUUCCAACAAACCUUCAUUCAUGAAAGUUCAAACCAGUGUGUAAGCCCAUUCUGAUUAGCAAGUUCCAUGUUAGUUUAGUUCACUUCAACUUCCAACCAUUUCACACACAUCAAGACUGCUUCGGGUCACUGUUUUAUUUUAGAUUCCAUCCAAGUCCAAAGCCUUUUAGUAAAUGGGCUUUUUGUUUAUUUAAUUUGAUUGUUACAGCACAUAAGGAGUAAGAGCUUGCCCUUUUAAGGGCAGACUUGUACAGGAACCACAUACAGUGCUAGAGGCUCCAAGUAUUGCACUCUUGCCCCCAAGACUGGGGUAGCCAGGUCUUCAUGGGCUGGGGUAACCAGAUCAUUAUAGUAAGCAUGCUGGAACACUAGUGCAAUUAUGUUUUAAAUGUGAAUGCCGCUGCAUAUAGCGGAAAAUGUGUGUUCUUUUAAGGGCAAAUUCAUAAUUGAAUUCCACACAGGUUUGCAUAUUGCAAUCCUGCGCCACAAACUGUCGCAGCUGUGUCCUUGCAGGCCGAGGCUGGCUGUGUCAUCCCAGGAGUGGGCAACCAUGUCCUCGGGCUGCAGUAUGACUUCUGAUGGUAAACAUAAAUGCUGAAACACUAGUACAUUUCUAUUCACCAACUUCCCCUACCCAGCCCAAAAUAAUAGAGUCCAGACCCAAAUAUUCUCAUCUCUGAAUUUGAAGUGCCACUCCUGGCAGAACAUCUGUGUUUGUCCUUUAUUUUUCCACUGAAAGCUGAUGCUUCUGUUUCAGCUGCUUCAUUACUGACGCUCUUAGCUUUCAAUCACCAGGAAUGUUGGUCAGGUGGUUCAGCUUUGAGUGCGAUGUAUUGUGAAGUAGAUUGACAGGUUGAUGGUUUGUAAAAGGGAUCUGGUGCUUUCAUGAGCCAGGAAUCACCUCUUGCAGCAAUGUGUGGCUCAGUAUUUAUUACAGUUCCUUAGUAGUUUAAAUAUAGACAUGCAGAGCUAGGCUGAGUGAAACAUUAACCUGAAGUGGAAUGCCCAGAGUGCCUGCUUAGAAUGCUGGUGAGUCUCCUUAUCCUGGCUGCUGUAAUAAUAGAAACUACAACAAAUGCAGAUUUAUCCCACUUUUAAAGAAACAAACUUGUAAAAUACUUGAACAAGAGCUUGUAACAUAAACUAUUAAUCACUUAGAGUAUUUGCUUUUUAGUCUGAUGUGGUUCCUUCCGGGUAGUGUUUCGCCCUUUGUAAUUUGUGGUAAUUCUGCUUUCCUUUUAUAUAAAAAUCAGUUAAAAUGUACAAAAAAUUAAAAAAAAAACACUAAAAA